AUGGAUGAAAUAAAGUUGGUGGAAUCAGAUGAUGAAUAGCAAUAUUAGCCAUAGACAUUAAAAUCAUAAAAGUAACAUUAACCAAAGAGUGUUUAAGAAAUGAGAGAGCAAUUCAGAUUAUAAAUAAGGAAGGAAAGAAUAGAGGAUUAAUUAGAGAAGAAAAGAAUGUGGUUUAUUCCAAAAUAGAGAUUACAAAGUUCGCAGUUGAAUCUUUCAAUUAAUAAUUUAUUCAAUGAAUUGAAGGAUGCAUAUAUUAAGAAAGAAAUGAAUGAAAUUUCAUAGAAAUUACAUUUGAUUGCAAAUAUUAUAGAUGACAGAAAUAGAAUUCAUAGUUUGUAUUUAACUUAAAGAAAUUUCUUAUAAUUUAAGGAUUUAUUAAAUGAUGAAUCUUAUUAUAUAGAUACAUAUACAAUUUAUUUGCAAUUGACAUAAGAUGAAGAAUAUUUUUAGUUACCUAUUGAAGAUAUCCAAUGGACAAUCGAAAAAUCAUUAGAAUUGUUAGUAGAAAAUAAAUAAAUAGAUGAUUUAGCUAAUCUAAUAUUGGGAUACUUAGGUAAUGUCUCAAGUAAAUUAUUAUAAAUUUAACAUUAUUUAUUAAGCAAAAAUACUAUUGAAGUCUUAUGCUAAUUAAUGAAAGAUUCUUUAUUACAUAAUGUUUGUUAUCUAAUAUAAACACUCUGCCGUAAUAUUCCUGAAGAGUGUAAACCUUAACUUAUAGUAAUUUUAAAGCAUUUGAAGAUUAAUAAAAGUCAAGAAAUAUUAUAAACUUUAUUUAUAAUUAAUAAACAAUGUGAAUAAUAUGAUGAAGACAUUAACUAUCUUGAAAUCUUUCAAUUAUUCUUUUAUUAUUUGAAUGAAUAUCUUACUAAGGAAAAUGAUUAUGAAUCAUUCUAUUCUGCUCUGCUCUAAAUGAAAUAUUUAUCAGAUUUUCAUUAAUUGUAUGCUAUUUUCUAAUAGUUUUCCAUCUUAGAGAUCAUUAACAAACUUAUAAACUACAAAUAUUUGAAAAUACGAACUGCUGUUUUAUAUAUUUUACAAAACUUAUGCAAAUAAGGACAUCAUAUGAUUUAAUAGAUAUUUGCAUAAUAAGAGUUAAUCAAAAAAUUAAUUAAUAUCCUAACCACAGAUAAACCAAUUAAUUAAUCUCUUGUAAUAAGAUCUAUUUAACAUAUUUUAAAGUAUGGGAGUUAAUAAGAUUUCACAGUUCUCAUUAGUUUAGGUCUUAUUGUACAUUUAAAGUCUACUGUUGAAUCAGCAGAGCCUUAUAUUGUUUUAUAAGGACUGGAAUGUAUAACUUCACUUUUGAAUUAUGGUUUAUAAUUGUAAACAUAAUUAAAUGUUCCAAAUCCUAUAUUUGAAAUUUUAUAAUAGAAUCAACUCAUUAAAGCAAUUGAAGAUUUGUAGUAUCAUCCAAAUAGAGAGAUCUUUGUCUAAUCACAAAAAUUAAUUAAUGAAUUUUUUAGAACUCAAUGA